GUUUCUUUUAACAUUUUUAUAUUAUUAUAUAUUUUGUGUGUAUUAAUCUAGUUUCUUAUCGUUUUCCGACACCACAAUGGUUGUAUUUCUGUGCUAACAAGUGCACGGUUGGUGCUGCUGGAGUCUGCAGCAGUAAAAUAAUCAGCUUUAAAUAAUCAAAAACUUCUACAAAUAAAAAUUUAAGGUAAUGGCAUCACGUAGAGCAUUGAAAGCGGUGCUAAUCGAUUUAAGUGGGACUCUUCACAUUGAGGAUGCUGCUGUAUCUGGAGCACAGGAAGCUCUUGCAAGGUUGCGUCAAGCUCCAGUGGCUGUAAAAUUUGUAACCAACACAACAAAAGAGUGUAAAAGAACGCUGCUUGAACAACUGCAGCGCCUUAGUUUUGAUAUUGAAGAGCAGGAGAUUUUUACCUCACUGACUGCAGCUCGAAAUCUGUUGGAGCAAAAGGCGGUGCGACCUCUGUUACUGGUAGAGGAUAGUGCAUUGGAGGAUUUUGCAGGGAUUGAAACCUCAGAUCCUAAUGCUGUUGUGAUAGGCUUAGCACCUGACCACUUCAACUAUGAAAUGCUUAAUAAAGCUUUUCGGUUAAUCCUGGAUGGUGCUCCUCUCAUUGCCAUUCAUAAAGCCCGUUACUAUAAGAGGAAAGAUGGUCUGGCGUUGGGACCAGGCCCAUUUGUGACAGGACUGGAAUAUUCCACAGACACAAAGGCAACUGUAGUGGGCAAACCAGAGAAAACGUUCUUCUUGGAAGCAUUGCGAGAUCUAAACUGCAGUCCUGAGGAGGCUGUGAUGAUUGGAGAUGAUGCUAGAGAUGAUGUUGGUGGAGCUCAGAACACGGGGAUGCUGGGAAUAUUAGUCAAAACUGGUAAAUACAGAGCUGGUGAUGAAGGCAAAAUAAGUCCUCCUCCUCACCUGACCUGUGAGAGCUUUCCAGAGGCUGUCAACCACAUCCUUCAACUGCUAGAACAUAAAUGAUCUCUAGUCUGCAAAGCCGCAUUGUUUAUUUCAGUACACAUAUGUGCACCAAAACAGUGUUUUCCUAAUGUUGUUCUACCCUAUCCCGUAGCAUUUGUAAGACUAACAAGAACUGCUAGUCAUCUUACCCCAGCCACAUUUCUCUUGUAAACAUGGUACACUCCAAGACUGCAAGUAUAUGCACACUGUAAACAAAAGUACGUCAAUUAAAAAUGGUCACACUAAGAA